AUGCAAAUUCUUUUAUUCUCUGAAGUUAGUGCAAAAAAAGAAUGUCGAGGUUGGUAUCGUGUUGGUCAUCAUAUUAAUUAUUCAGAAACUAAACAACAUUCAUAUAAUAAUUCAUUACUUGAUAAAGAUAUUAAUUAUUAUGAACUUGGUUUUCAACUUGAAUUUACGCAUUCGGGUGAUACAUGUUAUAUAGCUCAUUGUUAUCCAUAUACAUAUACAGAUUUAAAAGAUGAUUUAGAAUAUUUAACAAAUACAAGAUCACGUGAAAUAUUUCGUCGAGAUAUAUUAUGUGAAUCUCAAGCAGGAAAUUCAUGUUUUAUAAUAACUGUAACAGAUGAAUGUAAAUAUUAA